AUGUUUCUUCUUCAAGCAUGGCUGGGCCUGCUUCCACUAGCAGCAGCAUUGCCAGCUGACUUAUGCACACUUGACAAGCGUGGCGAUGGCUACAGUCCUCCUCGGUCGGUCAUGUAUGUACAGACCUUCAGGACGACUUCUGGCGGCAAGCUAUCUCUUUUACCAAUCGUUGAACAGAAUACCCGAGCGACGCAUAUCUACCUGGCAGCUACUCACAUCAACGAGGAUCCCAAUGGAAUAACCCUGAACGAUCAUUCUCCGGACGAUGCUAUGUUCGAUUCUGUCUGGUCGGAUGUCGCAACUCUGCAGCAAAGGGGCGUUAAGGUCAUGAUGAUGCUGGGCGGCGCUGCUGCUGGAAGUUAUCCCAGGUUGUGCAGUGGUUCCAAUGGCGCUGUCAGUGAGACGUACUACACACCUCUCCGAGACGUCCUACGCCGACACAAAGUUGACGGCAUCGAUCUUGACAUCGAAGAGCAAGUACCGUACACAUGCCCUCUCAACCUGCUCCGACGCUUCUACCAAGACUUUGGUAAGGACUUCAUCCUGACUAUGGCACCGGUCGCCUCAGAGCUCCAGCCAGCUGGCUAUGGUCUUGGUGGCUUCUCGUACAAGACACUCGAAUCCAAAGCCACCGCCUCAGACAAACCUAAUGGCAAAAUCGUCAACUGGUACAACGCGCAGUUCUACAAUGGUUGGGGCGAUGCGAGUUCUGCCAACGGCUACAAUGCUAUUGUCGCCAAUGGCUACUCGCCGGAUCGAGUUGCCCUUGGAGUCCUCGACAGCAGGAACGAUGGCGGGAGUGGCUGGUAUGCUCUCGGUACCUAUGCUAAGACCAUCGCAACUCUCAGGAAGAACUACAACAACUUCGGCGGCGAUGUAGGAUGGGAGUACUGGGACGCUGGCGUAAGCGAGAGUCCAGCACUGCAGAAUCCGUGGGAGUGGGUUAAGACUAUGGGCAACGCGAUCUUCGAUGGAAGCACUAUACAAGAAGACCGCAAUACAACAGUGGCUGAUGCGCCGAGCCCGUGGCCGGCAGCGACUGUGCAGAUCGUGAAGUUGAGUGGGACGACAGGGAAGCCAGUGCCCUGGUUGGAAGCUGUACAGGCACUGAACAGGACUGACGGAAGCCGUGAUCAAGCGCUGGAUCUACUGGGUUUGGGUGAUUUGAUCGGCGGGCUGCUUGAUCUGUUGCCUCUAGACGUUUAA